GCAGCCAGGAAUUAAACUAUUACUAAAACAAAUAUUACUGGACUUACUAAGGGACAUUCCCUCAAAAAUAAUAAAGAAAGAAAGAACGUCAAAAUCAUUCCGCCAGUCAAAAACACUUGUCUGUGUAUGCAUCUCAAACUACGCGGAUGCCGUUUGUUUGUGAAUUAUUUAUGGAAUCGUUUGAUUUUAAGACGCGGGAGAAACUGUAAAACUGUACCAUCGGCAGCAGCAUUCAGCGCCAAAAAACGCAACACCAAUAAAAUCGAAUUAAUUUGAUUCCAGGGAAAAAGCUGCCUUUCUGAGAUAGUAUUUUGCUAUAAUUAGAAAAGAUAAUUUCUCAAUUUUAUUUCCCUCAAAGCUGCAAAUCACAUUAUGCGCCCUCCCAUUUUAAUUGAGCACAUAAAAUAUGAUGAUUUAUUAAUUCUUCGAGUUCACAUUGUUCAGCGUAUAUCUCAUAAUUUCUGAGCGUUAGACUGAGGUUAUCAAAAACAAAGCAUCAAAUGGCACUUGAUACAAUCUACACGUACUAGACUUACAAUUAAACCGUCUUUGAGCACGAACAAAGAAAACUGCUGGUUGAAUUAUCAAAAAAAAACUACUUUGCAUACGUUACUUUUGUUCUAGGCAUAGUGAGACAUAACCGACAACUCACUUCAAGCAGAGUCUAAACUUGUGACAAUUAUAACCAAGCCAAACAUACCACAAAAAUGGCUUCUAUUGGUUACAACAAAAAUGUAGCAUUGAUUUAUCACCUUUUAAAACAUCUCAUCGCUAUUUCGGAAACUAUACAUCAGAACAAAACUUUCUCAUUGGUUUUUUGAGUUCAAUGUCAUCUCAAUUCUUCAUUUUGUUCCAAUUCCUCAAUGAACGUUCAAAUGAAGAGUUUUUCAGGUCAACUCGAUCACACCGUGAACAUAGUGACAUUGAAGCUAAUCCGGUGUUUAAUCUGAAUAUAAAACAAUUCCUUAAAAGAUCCAGUUGUUUCCGCUUGAUAUGAGCACCUACAGUACAUAUUUAUUGUUUUUGAUUUCAUUAGAGUAAUUCCAAAAAAAAACCGAUAUUAAAUUUGUCAUACAGCUUGUCACCAAAACUCAGCAUAAUCCAAAUUACAAUAUUUUCAACAUCAUACAAAACCACCUUCUUCACCUUUCAAAAAUAGAUUUUAAAGGCAGUUGCAAGCCUUGAUUUCAAUUAUUGGAUUUAUCAAAACAAAACAAAGACCUUGAAAAAUACAAAAUCAUGAAAGGAUCCAAAAAGUCGCGGAUACCAGUGAGCAAAAGCGUCGUCCCUAAUUCCCUUGCAGCAAAAGAAAAUCCCGUCGAGAGCUCAAAAACAAAACUGCAGUCUGAGCAACCGAUCAUUUCUAAACUCGAACGGAAUAUACAGAGAUUCUUUAUUCAAGACAUACGAAUCUUUAUCUCCCACUCGGGCAAGAGAAAACACGAGAGCAGGAGUUUCGACUACAAUACCUCCGCAGGCAAUGAAGAUCUCUCAGCAGUUCCCCCCACAACAUCUAGCCCCGACUCAGGUCUUGGAGAAUCGGAGAACAGGCCCACGUCUCAAAGCACACACCCUUUCAACCAACGAAUGGAAAAUCUAAAACGACUGGCAUUGCAAGCUAAAUGCGCCGAGAUUUUUGCGGAGAAAAAUCAAGAUACAAAUUCUUCGCCUAAUAAAUUUCCGCAAUCCAAUGACCAAAAGAUGCUGCUGUCUUUCGAGCCUAUAGCUCAAAGCAGCUUGCCCAAAAAUGAGUCAGCUCCUGGAUCUAAACUUAGCACAACAGCUGUCAAUGCAGGCGCAUUCUUGAUUUCAUCGUUGAACAACAAUUUGGCAUCACCGAACAGAAUAGCAUCGAGGGGCGUCUCCUUUCACGAGACCUCUUCAGCCGAGCUCAGUUCAGAUGAGAACUUAGCCGAAGAAACGGCGAUCUUUCCCUUCAUAGACGGCACUGUACAUCAAGCCGAGCUUCAACCUAAUUUCGUUAACUAUAUCGACGAAGAUAAAUAUCCGCAUAUUGACCAAACUGAUAACGAUUCAGCAUCUUCCACGUCCAAUGACUUAGAAGCCGAAGCUUAUUUAGCUAAGACCACCAUCCAGCAAGACGCUGAAAAGCUUCUGAAGCAAAUGAACAGAAAACUACGCGACCACAAAGCAAACAAACCAGGAGCGCGAACAAACGCGGAGAAUCUCUGUCGAGGACCUUCUGGUAAUUCCAUUGGCGUCUCGAAAGAUGCUUGUUCAGACGGCCAGAGAGACGAACCAAAAUAUCCAGAUGAGGAUCUCAUUUAUGAAGGAGCUGCCGAAUUGGUAGAUUUAAAUCCAAACCAUUUGGACUCAAUUGGCGAUAUAGAAAAAGGAAUGGCACCCGAUUUCCUCAGAGAAAUGAACGAUUCUGGGCGUGACUUUGAGGCAUACACUGAUGGAUUUGCGAAAUCACUGAUAGAUCACAACAGCACUCCAAUAUUGAAGAAGAAAAAUGAAAUCAAACACGCCAAUAAAGGCGUGGAUACAAUGAUAGGAAGUCUAAAAAGAACCAAGAGAGCCAAAACAGAUAAUGAAAAACAAUCCAAUGAUGCUUGCACUCAGACAAAAACAACAAAUACUGAGGAAAGUUCAACACAGCAAGGAGCAGCUUUAGAUCAAAUUGAGGAGAGCUCAGCUCAGACCGAGGCAAAGUCGACACAACAAUUUGGCACUCAAACCAGGCUACAGAAAUCUUCCAACAUCAUGGCUACUCAAACUUUGAUUGAAACUCCGAAAGUCAGGGGGAACAAAAUGGUUCAAGUCAACGCCAAGAACGAGACCAACUCAAAGACCAGUCAAACUCCGCAUACGACCAAAACUGAAUACGGCUGCCAGACCCUGUCCAAUGUCAUGGUAAACAGUAGCACGCAACUGUCACCAGCUAUGCGUUCCGACUCUUGUCAAACUGCCGUGAAGAACUUCAAAGACAGCGCUUCUCAAGUUGAACGCACAGAUAUUAGCAGUCGAAGAACUCAGACUUUUUAUACUGACACAAAGGAAAGCGGCUUUCAAACUGACAGUAGAAUCGCAACAAGCUACAGCUUUAACAAAAUCACGCAAACCCCUGGAAAAGACACCCGCAAUUGUGAUUCCCAGAUAGAUUCUAGCAUUACAGGAAGGCCAGAAUACGUGCAGACGAUAAGCAACUGGACUCGAUCAAAUCAUACGCAAACUAAUAACUUAAUCACAACCUCUCACACAACACAGACUGAUACCCUAUUUCUUUCAAAGCCCAGGUACUUCAUUCCUGAUAACCCUAAUGACGAAUCAAACGAUCGAUCAAUAGAAGAAUAUGUUCAGGCUUCGAACAAACCGGGGUUGAAAUCAGAAGCAAGUGAGCUACAUUUUGAACCAGCUGUUGAAAUACCGCGUACAUCUACGCCGACUGCAAUUUCGGGAGGAAACUUAUCUUCUGCAAGUGAUGUCCCAGCCAUAGACAUUAACUCGCCCAGGUCUAACCAGGCCAACCCUGCUCGAUUAAAGCCUAUCUUAAAGACUUCAGCCAGCAAUCCAGGAAGUCAAUUGGCAUCUCCGACGGGCUCAAAUAAAGGCGAUACCUUGAAUAACAAAGCAAAUUUGGAUGACAUGUACGCGAGAUUGCGUGACAAAGCUAUGAAGGCUAAAGUAGCCAGGACUUUUGUCGAAGGCUCACCACAAUGCUCACCACGAGAAAGCAUUAUGAACAAAUCAAACUCUAGCAUAAACUCCAACAGCUGUUCGACUAAAGCUAGAAUUUCUCCUAGAACAGGGUCACUAACCAGGCAAUCACCGGAUCCAGAAGAUCGCUACAAGAGUACCAAUGCUAACCGCGCAGCCAUCGGUCUCAAGCCAAUAGUGACGAAAAACCGAUUCUCAGCAACUUCGAACAGCGCCAUAAACAGUCCUCGAUCAGCUACAAGUUCUGCUUUGAACAGUCCUAGAGAUGUUCAAAUUCAGUCUCGUCGGACAGGAAAUAGAGUUCGGAUCAAUGAAUUUGAUAUUCAAUCAAAAAACUAUAACCCAGGUUCAAAAACAAUUAACACAAAUUCAAAAGAAACUGAAACCAAAAACCAGCCGCCAAAAAAGCAUGACGAAUCAGGUGGCUCUACCGAUUCACUGAUCGAAGAACUCGAUAACUUACUAGAGAAGUGAAAAAAAAAACAAACGACCCAAAAAAAUUGACUAAUAUUAUUAUAAAAACUAGCGUGUUGCGCACCUCCGGUGCUUCUAAUUGUUAUUAACUCAUAAAAAACUGCAUAUAUUGGAAAUAAGAUAUGCAUCCUUUGAGUGUACUCUGACAGCACCCA